CAAACAUAUUACAUCCUGUGAAGAUCAAAGUACAAGAACAUAGGGAAAUAUUAUGCGUGAGAAAUCUUUCCUAAAGUUAAUGCUUAGGAAUUGCAUUGUUGAAUGAACGCUGGAGUUUGAGCGUCACUUUUCUAUUGCGGUGGUGCGCUCAUAGUGUGAAAUCAACAUCUGCAUCGGUAGUAACGGCAGGAACACUUUUGACGGAUGUAUUAUGCAUUUAUAAGAAUUUCGUCUUCAGAUAAACAAAGGUAAAUGCAUUUAAUCUCAAUACUUGACAGCGACAGUGUCGGCACUAUAUUGUCUUAUGCCGUUGUUUGUUAUUUCAUCAUUUAUGUCUCCUUGUUCCAGGUUUUCCAGGAGUCUAUUAUAUGCCAGAAGGUGGAGCGAAUUGGGUUUAGGCUACACUAAGAAUGUCAGGAGUUAAAUCCGACUCAACCGCCGCGGUUACAGAUUUACCUAAAGGCGCAAAGAUGCAGAGAGUAAUUUACGUUACUUACCUCAUAGCUGCUCUGGAUAUUACAUGGAUGUUUUUACAGUUUUCCAUUACUCCUGUAAGUAUUUGUGUUUCAAUGUCUAUUCUAUUCUAGUACCCACUUGUGGUGUUUUUUGUUAUAUGAUUAGCCUAGAAAGAAAACGAUGCAGUUUAUUUUAAUACUUUCGAUAUCAGAAUGGCUACAAAAAGUAGGCUGUGUGCUAUUCAUUAAUUUUCUGUUAUUCAAAUAUAUUAUAGAUAUUUGCUAAUAGGUGGAACAAUUAUAAAUGGCCUUGGGAUUGUUGACAUAUUUGACAUCGGCCAACAUCUAAAAGGAUUGAGAAAAAUGUUGGCCUUACCUGGGCCUUCUUAAGGGCACUAUCGUUUUUGAUAGAUUGUUGUGACAAUGCACUUUGAAAACAGUAUACACACAGUGCAUUCGGAAAGUAUUCAGACCCCUUCACUUUUUCCACAUUUUGUUACGUUACAGCCUGAUUCUAAAAUGGAUUCAAUAUUUUUUUAUUCUCAUCAAUCUACACACAAUAACCCAUAAUGACAAAAUGAAAACAGGUUUUUAGACAUUUUUGCAAAUGUAUUAAAAACUCAUACCUUAUUUACAUAAGUAUUCAGACCCUUUGCUAUGAGACUCGAAAUUGAGCUCAGGUGCAUCCUGUUUCCAUUGAUCAUCCUUGAGCUGUUGAAGUCUACAACUUCAUUGGAGUCCACCUGUGGUAAAUUCAAUUGUUUGGACAUGAUUUGGAAAGGCACACACCUGUCUAUAUAAGGUCCCACAGUUGAAAGUGCAUGUCAGAGCAAAAACCAAGCCAUGAGGUCGAGGGAAUUGUCUGUAGAGCACCGAGACAGGAUUGUGUCGAGGCACAGAUCUGGGGAAGGGAAAUAAAGGUCCCCAAGAACACAAUGGCCUCCAUCAUUCUUAAAUGGAAGAAGUUUGGAACCACCAAGACUCUUCCUAGAGCUGGCCGCCCGGCCAAACUGAGCAAUCGGGUGAGAAGGGCCUUGGUCAGGGAGGUGACCAAGAACCCAAUGGUCACUCUGACAGAGCUCCAGAGUUUGUGGAGAUGGGAGAACCUUCCAGAAGGACAACUAUCUCUGCAGCACUCCACCAAUUAGGCCUUUAUGGUACAGUGGCCAGACGGAAGCCACUCCUCAGUAAAAGGCACAUGACAGCCCGCUUGGAGUUUGCCAAAAGGCACCUAAAGACUCUCAGACCAUGAGAAACAAGAUUAUUUGGUCUGAUGAAACCAAGAUUGAACUUUUUGGCCUGAAUGCUAAGCGUCACGUCUGGAGGAAACCUGGUACCAUCCCUACGGUGAAGCAUGGUGGUGGCAGCAUCAUGCUGUGGGGAUGUUUUUCAGUGGCAGGGAUUGAUAGACUAGUCAGGAUCGAGGGAAAGAUGAACGGAGCAAAGUACAGAGAGAUCCUUGAUGAAAAAAAAUUAAAAAAAAUAACAUCAAUUUUAGAAUAAGUCUGUAACGUAACAAAAUGUGGAAAAAGUCAAGGGGUCUGAAUACUUUCCGAAUGCACUGUACCUAUGACAAUCUAAUAUUAUUUAAUUAAUUAUCAUAAUAACACAAAUGUAUAUGAAUUUAAGUUAGUGACCUCUCUCCAUUCAGUAUUUGGCAAAGAAGCUGGGAUUUGACACCCUAUGGAUUGGCUAUUUGCAAACCAUGGUUGGUGUUGUCCAAUUGUUGGGAGGCCCGAUAUUUGGAAGGUGAGCAAAACUCUGUUGAAUUAAAUACAUAAUCGGUUCCAUAACCAACCAGAGUCUGCAGCUUCAAUCUCCAACCCUGGUCAACGAUGUACCAUUUGCUGCUGGCAAAUUGAGCUUUAAAGUGCCGUCACUUAAAUCUAAUUGAGUUAUGGUUCAAUGACUUAGGGCAACGAACCAUACAGAGAGGGGUUAUCAGACCUGAGUCCAGACACAAGAUCGCAGCUGUUAUGUGUUGGUUGGCAGAUGUCGAUAUAGAUCAGUGUUAUGUUUCUGUUGUCGGUAGGUUUGCAGACCUUUUUGGGGCCAGGGCAGCAUUGUGUCUAUCCUGUGCUGCCUCUGUGGUCUACUAUGGGUUACUAGCGAUAGCCGACAGUCCUCUCAUGCUCUUCAUCCACAAACUCCCCGCUGUCUUGAUGCAUGGCUUGCCUGGUAAGUGCUACACUGCCUGUUAUUUAUUUAACCUUUACUUUAGCAGGGAGUCCCAUUGAGACCAAGGUCUCUUUUUCAAAGGAGCCUUGCAAGACAAGAUCAGAAGAAAUUACACAAUCCUGGUUAGAGACACAGAUACUACCUGUUGUUCCCUUCAUACUCAAACUCCCAGAUAAGUCCCCAGUGUACGUACCGUGCCUAGGAUCUACUGUACUAGACAGCCCUCUAACAGAUCCUAUAGGAUCUACUGUACUAGACAGCCCUCUAACAGAUCCUAUAGGAUCUACUGUACUAGACAGCCCUCUAACAGAUCCUAUAGGAUCUACUGUACUAGACAGCCCUCUAACAGAUCCUAUAGGAUCUACUGUACUAGACAGCCCUCUAACAGAUCCUAUAGGACUACUGUACUAGACAGCCCUCUAACAGAUCCUAUAGGAUCUACUGUACUAGACAGCCCUCUAACAGAUCCUAUAGGAUCUACUGUACUAGACAGCCCUCUAACAGAUCCUAUAGGAUCUACUGUACUAGACAGCCCUCUAACAGAUCCUAUAGGAUCUACUGUACUAGACAGCCCUCUAACAGAUCCUAUAGGAUCUACUGUACUAGACAGCCCUCUAACAGAUCCUAUAGGAUCUACUGUACUAGACAGCCCUCUAACAGAUCCUAUAGGAUCUACUGUACUAGACAGCCCUCUAACAGAUCCUAUAGGACCUCCUGUACUAGACAGCCCUCUAACAGAUCCUAUAGGAUCUACUGUACUAGACAGCCCUCUAACAGAUCCUAUAGGACCUCCUGUACUAGACAGCCCUCUAACAGAUCCUAUAGGAUCUACUGUACUAGACAGCCCUCUAAACAGAUCCUAUAGGAUCUACUGUACUAGACAGCCCUCUAACAGAUCCUAUAGGAUCUACUGUACUAGACAGCCCUCUAACAGAUCCUAUAGGACCUCCUGUACUAGACAGCCCUCUAACAGAUCCUAUAGGAUCUACUGUACUAGACAGCCCUCUAACAGAUCCUAUAGGAUCUACUGUACUAGACAGCCCUCUAACAGAUCCUAUAGGAUCUACUGUACUAGACAGCCCUCUAACAGAUCCUAUAGGAUCUACUGUACUAGACAGCCCUCUAACCGAUCCUAUAGGAUCUACUGUACUAGACAGCCCUCUAACAGAUCCUAUAGGACCUCCUGUACUAGACAGCCCUCUAACAGAUCCUAUAGGAUCUACUGUACUAGACAGCCCUCUAACAGAUCCUAUAGGAUCUACUGUACUAGACAGCCCUCUAACAGAUCCUAUAGGACCUACUGUACUAGACAGCCCUCUAACAGAUCCUAUAGGAUCUACUGUACUAGACAGCCCUCUAACAGAUCCUAUAGGAUCUACUGUACUAGACAGCCCUCUAACAUAUCCUAUAGGACCUCCUGUACUAGACAGCCCUCUAACAGAUCCUAUAGGACCUACUGUACUAGACAGCCCUCUAACAGAUCCUAUAGGAUCUACUGUACUAGACAGCCCUCUAACAGAUCCUAUAGGAUCUACUGUACUAGACAGCCCUCUAACAUAUCCUAUAGGAUCUACUGUACUAGACAGCCCUCUAACAGAUCCUAUAGGAUCUACUGUACUAGACAGCCCUCUAACAGAUCCUAUAGGACCUCCUGUACUAGACAGCCCUCUAACAGAUCCUAUAGGAUCUACUGUACUAGACAGCCCUCUAACAGAUCCUAUAGGAUCUACUGUACUAGACAGCCCUCUAACAGAUCCUAUAGGACCUCCUAUACUAGGAUCUACUGUACUAGACAGCCCUCUAACAGAUCCUAUAGGAUCUACUGUACUAGACAGCCCUCUAACAGAUCCUAUAGGAUCUACUGUACUAGACAGCCCUCUAACAGAUCCUAUAGGAUCUACUGUACUAGACAGCCCUCUAACAGAUCCUAUAGGACCUCCUAUACUAGGAUCUACUGUACUAGACAGCCCUCUAACAGAUCCUAUAGGACCUCCUGUACUAGACAGCCCUCUAACAGAUCCUAUAGGAUCUACUGUACUAGACAGCCCUCUAACAGAUCCAUAUGUGUCUCUCUGUUCCCCAUAUGCUCCAGCGUAACUAAAGCGUGUAUAGAUGUAUGUAUAAGUCUCACUUGUUGUGGUUCUCUCCUCCUUUCACCAGGAGCCCAGAUGGUAGUGGCUGACCUGACAGAACCUGACAAGCGGGCAGAUGCCCUUGGCAAGUUGGGCCUAUGUUUUGGCAUUGGCAUGGUUGCCGGCUCCACCUUGGGCGGUACACUCAGCACACGCUAUGGGUGAGUGAAGGAACCUCAAUGCUCACCGAUUCUAGCCCAAUCCGAGAGCUCGAAUUUAGCAAUGUGAUAUCCCUGAUCUGCCUUUCCCAGGGAGACAUUUGCGGCUUGUGUAGCUGCUGGUGGGAGCUUCACCAGCUUACUGUUGGUUUUCAAGUUUAUCCCCAAACACACUAAAAUACAAGCUCCACAGGACAGCACAGACAGUAAGACUCUACACCUAACUCACAACACACUAUUCAGUCUCUAAAGGGUGUGUGUGUGUGUGUGUGUGUGUGUGUGUGUGUGUGUGUGUGUGCGCGGUGCACAAAAUAACGUUUCUGCUUUAUCUGACACGUAUUAUGGCCUGUGUGAUGUGGGGGACAUCAUGAUGUGUGGUAUUUGACAUGCGACUUCAUAUGUGAGUUGCGUGUGACGUGUUGUCCUGGUUUUUGCAGAGAAGAGCAAUGCCAAGUCAGUCUUUGACCUGGGAGAGAUCACCAGACUGAUGAAGUUCCCUGGCGUGGCCAAAACCUUCCUGGUCAAGAUCAUGUCAGGUUUGCCAUCAGGUGGGAUGUCCUCCACUAUUUGGAUUUCUUAGUUUAGACUCACCUGAGGGAGAACUAAUCACUUAGCAUGAACGUGUCAGUGUAGAACUGGAACCGGUGAUGUAGUGAAGGGAAAAAGCACUUGACACAGUUCACGUACCUAUUUUAUUUGGAGAAUAGCAUUUAUGCACGCGUUACGCAAACCAAUGUUCAGCGUUUAACAAUCUUAAUAAACCAAUGUUCAGCGUUUAACAAUCUUAAUAAACCAAUGUUCAGCGUUUAACAAUCUUAAUAAACCAAUGUUCAGCGUUUAACAAUCUUAAUAAACCAAUGUUCAGCGUUUAACAAUCUUAAUAAACCAAUGUUCAGCGUUUAACAAUCUUAAUAAACCAAUGUUCAGCAUUUAACAAUCUUAAUAAACCAAUGUUCAGGCGUUUAACAAUCUUAAUAAACCAAUGUUCAGCGUUUAACACGUUAUUGUCUUUUUAGUGUGUCUGUGUUUGCAUUGAGUCCUUUUUAACAACCUCUAGGGAUUCUGUCUCAGGUAUCUUUCAGGUCAUGUUCUCUGUUAUCGCCAUGAACUUCUUCCAGCUGGAGCCACAGCAGAAUGGAUACCUGAUGGCCUACUUUGGGAUCGUGUCAAUGGUAUGGAGCAGGGAUGCUCACGACACUUCCAUUAAAUCAUUUAGCAGACACUCUUAUCCAGAGACACUUCCAUUAUAUUUAGUCAUUUAGCAGCCGCUCUUAUCCAGAGACACUUCCAUUAUAUUUAGUCAUUUAGCAGCCGCUCUUAUCCAGAGACACUUCCAUUAUAUUUAGUCAUUUAGCAGACACUUAUCCAGAGACACUUCCAUUAUAUUUAGUCAUUUAGCAGCCGCUCUAAUCCAGAGACACUUCCAUUAUAUUUAGUCAUUUAGCAGCCGCUCUUAUCCAGAGACACUUCCAUUAUAUUUAGUCAUUUAGCAGCCGCUCUUAUCCAGAGACACUUCCAUUAUAUUUAGUCAUUUAGCAGCCGCUCUUAUCCAGAGACACUUCCAUUAUAUUUAGUCAUUUAGCAGACUCUUAUCCAGAGACACUUCCAUUAUAUUUAGCAGACACUCUUAUCCAGAGCGACUUAGUUAGUGCAGUCAUAUUAAGAUAGCCAGGUGGGACAACCACAUAUCAGUCAUAGUAAGUAAAUCUUUCCUCAGUAAAGUAGUUAUCAGCUAAGUCAGUGCUAGUAAGAAAAGGGGAGUGUUAGUUUGUUUCUUUUAUACACUCAUUGUGCCUCUAGACCCUUUUUAUUUUGUGGCAUUUUGCCCCGAUGAUGAUAAAUGAGCGAUGAAGUUGUUUGCGCGUCAGCUUGACUGGCGAUCAGUGCUCACCACAUUAUUUGACCACUAUAUUCCUGGUUAGGACAACAGGAUGUAUUUACAGCAAUUAAAAGUUUAGAUUGGCUAAAUUCUCCUGAAAUCUCCAGGAUAUCAAAUCCCUUCCCUUGUGGGAACAUAAUUUUUAUAGAGCAACUCUGGUGAGAAAUUACCUUCUUUGGUCUCAUUUUUCCAGGUCAUCCAAGGAGGAGUGAUUGGCCGGCUGACAGCAAGGUACUCUGAGAACUCACUGCUUCUCCUCUCCAUCGGCAUGUCAAGUCUGGUGGGCUUGGCUCAGGUACAGAGGAUUCAUUUCAUCUUGUGAUAAAUGCAGGGUUGUAUAUAAAUUCAUUAGGGCGCACCGCAGCAAAACAAAAAAAAAUAAAAAAAUAACAGCACUUGGACAGGUUCACAUAGUUCCUCCGUUUCAGUCGUUUUUCCUUCCGUUUGGUGCCUAAUGAAUAUGACCCUGUUGUAAAACCUUUGAUCUUGCUCUUAAGGUUAAACGGUUUGUUCUCUCCUCGGCAGGCCUUCAUGGCUAACGUGUUCCAGUUCUGCUUCAUCGUCCUCCCCAUGAUGUUCGCUCUCAGCGUGUUCAACGUCAUCACUGACAGCAUGCUGACAAAGACUGUGCCUUCCUCAGACACCGGUGAGACAAUUAAGCGCUUCGAACACGUAUUUUGAGAAAUGUGAAGCGGGGCAUCAGUUAAACAGUAAAUCAUUGCCUAACCUAACUUUUUUUUAUUUUUUUUUACUUUGCCGCCUUCCGAGGGAGAGUCACACUGGUGUGGUCAUAACAUUCUAAAAUAAACAGUUUAGCAUUUAAGUGCAACUUCUGUCUGUUUGCUCUAGACAUUUUUCUGAUUGGUUCUCUUCACUCUUCUGCAGGCACGAUGCUGGGGCUGUGUGCCUCUGUGCAGUCUCUGCUUCGCACCAUCGGGCCCACGAUUGGAGGCUUCUUGUACCAGAACUACGGAGUGGCCUCUUUUGGCUUCAUCCAGUUUGUUGUGAACAUGGUAGUGUUUGUGUUUAUGCUUAGGAACAUGGACAGCAGCAAAGAUGAGCACAAAGAAUGACAUUCCACGGACUUAAAUACAGAGGGCAUUUUAAAGUGACCUAAAUAUAAUUUUGUAUUAUCAGAGAAUUCUAUUAUAUUUGUAUACUGAACAAAAAUAUAA